GUGACACAUUGAAUCCCAUGCGACACUGAGAGCUGGUCGGAAUAAACACAUUGCUUGUACAAACCGUCUGAUCGUCCCAACCCAUACCACGACAACAAACUUACCCUCAAAGGUAAAUCAAUACAAAUAAGUUUUAAUUGAAUAACUUUUUGUUCACAGUAAACUGUUGAAUAUCGUGCAGUGCCGACAACCGCCCGACAGAUGACGACAUUUUACACGAGAUCGCAAAAAGCCGCCGCCUGACCAGGGCUCAGAAAAUCUGCAAAGACUCCCCCCACCUCCACCAAGGACUCUAGGAAAAGGUUCCAAAGCAGAACCUCCAGGUUCUGUAACAGCUUCUUCUCUCAGGCCGAGCUGUGGAACCCGGAGCAAGCAUGUUCCCCUGGACUGACAGUGGGUUUGCUGCCACAUUCACUCCCUGAAUCCCAGCUGUUGGCUUGUUGGAGGACACCAUCAAGACAAUAAGGAGGAACGCCGCUUCUUGGAAGUGAGGGCGAAGCCCGCCGAGAGAGUGUGGACCAGGCUGGAGGAAAACCAUGCAAGAAGUGGAUGCUGGGUGCCAUUACGCAACAUGAGGGGCAUGGAACUCCACCAGCGCCACCACCACCAACACCACCACCGCAGCAGCGCUUCAUCGCGGCAAAGCCAGCUGGGAAAGGAUGCCAGCUGCUAGCACAAUGACUGGUGGGAGGGCGUUGCUGCUCUGUACAAACACUGACAACUGUAUCUACCAAUCAGUCAACGGGCUCCAGUGCUGUGGCUUGAAGGUUGGGGAGGCUCCGUCGUCCGUGGUGCCCCAGCGGUGCGGGUUACCGGGGGACAGCGACAACAACCGUCCCAUCUCCUUACUAAUAAGCCUGAAGGGCAGCCCAGAUCCUACUGGCAAUAUGCUGACUCACAGGAGAGCUUCCUCCACUCCAAAUGACACAAGAACUCCUAACCUAGAGAAUGGACAGUGCGGUAGGCUGAAUAAAAGCCAGGCCGGAGUCAAGGCUGCAAGUAUCCGUGAUAAGAUUUCCCAAUGGGAGGGCAAGAAGGAGACCAUUUCCACGGACACUUGUCCACUAAGCACAACACAUAAGGAAAUUGAGUCGGUGAGAAAAAAGGAACUGAAAUCUCCGGAGGUCCAACGGACCAACAGCAAGAGGUUCACUAGCUGGGAAAGGCAGGACUCCGGAAAGGAGAAUGUUGGCAAGCUUGUGGACCUGAGGACUAAAUCUCCAGAAGGCCUAACAAACAAGGACAAAGAAGUGAUUCUAGAGAGAGGACUGGGGGCUGCUAAGGCAACAGAACAGCCCCAAGACAAGAAAUCCGUUUUAACUCAUGUUAAGAAACUAGAAAAAGCAACAAAACAAGUUCCCGACGGACCGUCGCUGGCUUUUCCAGGGAAUUACUUUUGCCCACCGUCCAAAGAGGAGCUGGAAGAAUCAGAAAAGAGGCUCAACGAACCCAUUUUUGGGACUUUCGGGUCGAGGCGGAAAAGAGACGGGGAUCGGGAGAACGUGUACAGUGAACCGGGGGCUCCUUCUAUCAACCCUUUGCCAAAACCUCAGAGAACCUUCCAGCACCACACACCGCCUUCCACCCCAAUUUCAGCGCCCGGAUCUCGUAAGGGGAAGAGGACUCUGCCGCCUCUGCCUUCCAUUCCGCCUCCACCUCUACCCACCUGCCCGCCGCCUGGAGUUUGCAGGAGAGUGUGGAAAGACAAGUCCCACGACAGCAAUAACAGGAAGUCCUACGAGUUUGAGGACCUCCUCCAGUCGUCCGCCGAAGGCUGCAGGGUGGACUGGUACGCUCAGUCCCGCCUGGGCCUGACACGCACUUUAUCGGAAGAGAACGUCUACGAGGACAUAAUAGACCCCCCGUGCAAGGAGAAUCCUUAUGAAGACAUAGAGCUGGAGAGAAGCUGCCUGAGUCGCAAAUGUGUCUCCUCUUCGCCAAUCCCUGACACUCCACCUAAGCUCUGCACCAAGCCAGGCUUCUUCAGACAAAACUCAGAGCGACGGAGCUACAAGGUCCUGGAAUUAAGGAGAAGCAACAGGGAGGCCGGCCUGACCUCGCCGUCUCGCAUCAGUCCUCCGUCCACCCCCAGCAGCCCCGAUGACACACCCUGUCUCUCUGGAGACCCGUACAACCGGCGGCGGAAGAAAAUCCCAAAGAUGGUGUUGAAGAUCAAUGGCGUCUUUGAGGCUCGUAGAGGCAAAAAGCGCAUGAAGAAGGUGUCGCAGUCCACCGAGUCAAGCUCGGGGAGAGUCACAGAUGAGAACAGCGAGUCCGAAAGCGACACAGAGGAGAAACUAAAAGCUCAUAGCCAAAUGCUAGUGUCGGUCCAGUCCAUGCUGAGGCAGACGGGGAGAUACCGGACUUUGGAGAGAGAUGUAAUGGAGUUGCAGGAGAGAAAACUCUUUGAGUAUUUCAUCGUGGUGGCCCUUCACAAGACCAAAGCUGGAGUUCCGUACCUGCCGGAAGUCACGCAACAGUUCCCUCUCAAGCUUGAAAGGAGCUUCAAGUUCAUGCGAGAGACGGAGGACCAGCUCAAGGUCAUCCCUCAGUUCUGCUUCCCCGACGCCAAAGACUGGGCGCCUGUGGACAACUUCCCCAGUGAGACCUUUUCUUUUGUGCUGACCGGAGAGGAUGGAAGUCGGCGAUUUGGCUACUGCAGGCGUUUACUGCCCAGCGGUAAAGGCCGGAGGCUCCCGGAGGUCUACUGCAUCGUCAGCCGCUUGGGCUGCUUCGACCUCUUCUCCAAGAUCCUGGACGAGGUGGAGAAGAGACGAGCUAUCUCGCCCGCCCUGGUGCAGCCUUUCAUGAGAGGCAUCAUGGAAGCUCCUUUUCCUGCUCCAGGAAGGACCAUCACCGUCAAGAACUUCCUGCCGGGCUCAGGAACAGAGGUGAUGGAGUUGUGCCGGCCGUCAGAUUCCCGCCUGGAGCACGUGGACUUUGAGUGUCUCUUCUCCUCCUUGAGUCUUCGCCUGCUCCUGCGGGUCUUCGCCUCGCUGCUCCUGGAGCGCAGGAUCAUCUUCACCGCCGGCAAGCUCAGCACCUUGUCCCAGUGCUGCCACGCGGUGGUGGCGCUGCUCUACCCGCUGACGUGGCAGCACACCUACAUCCCCGUGCUGCCGCCCUCCAUGCUGGACAUCGUCUGCACGCCCACCCCCUUCAUCGUGGGCCUGCUCUCCAGCUCGCUGCCUCGGCUGAAGGAGCUGCCCUUAGAAGAAGUUCUGGUGGUGGACCUGGGCAACAGCCGCUUCCUCCGGCAGCUGGACGACGAGGACUCCAUCCUGCCUCACAAGCUGCAGGCGGCGCUGGAACACGUGCUGGAGAAGAGGAGGGAGCUGGCCUGUGAGAAAGGAGAACUUCCCAGUGCAGACUCCAGCUCCCUCAGCGCGGUGGUGUCGGAGGCUUUCGUGCGUUUCUUCGUGGAAAUGGUUGGCCAUUACUCGCUCUUCAUGGGCGGGGCCGAGCGGGAGGACGAGUCGUCAUCCGUCCCGUCGCCCACAACGCCCUACUCUUCCUCCUCCUCCUCUUCCUCCUCCUUCCAGCGGGAGGCCUUCCGUAAGGCGGUGACAUCCAAGAGUCUGAGGAGGUUCCUGGAGGUGUUCAUGGAGACGCAGAUGUUUGCAGGCUUCAUCCAGGAGAGGGAGCUGCGCAGACAAGGCCUCAGAGGUCUGUUUGAGGUGAGGGCGCAGGAGUAUCUGGACUCACUUCCUGGCAGCGAGCAGCGAGGGGUCAACAAGUUCUUGAAAGGCUUAGGAAACAAGAUGAAGUUCCUCUCUAAGAAAUGACUUUGUGUGGAGUUUGUCCAGAGCAUCUUUCAACGUCAGCAGUGUAAAUACCUUCUUCUCACAUUCCGGGACAUUCCAAGUCUUUCUCAAGCAUUCCAAGUCUUUCCUGUAGAAGUUUUGUACAACUUCUUCUUCAGGCUUUCACUUUAUUUAUGUUCUUUCUUCCUUUUUUUUUUGGUCACAUAAUCUCCUUUUUCAGCGCAAAGAGAAACCUGUAGUUUGUUCAUAGGCUUUAUUUAUCGGACUGUUUUGUCUUCAAGUCCAUUGACUCGUACCGUCAGAGUAGAGCCGGCCGCCAUGUUGGGAGGUCACUUUGUACGUGGAGUAGUUUGCCUCCAAUGUCCGUCUUUUAAGAAUGAAACUCCAUCAAUAAAGUGAUGGGACUCCUCUCUCUCUGUUGCUGCUUUCCAGAUGUUCUCUCGGUCCUCUGUGAGGGAUUAUCAUCCUUCACAGCAACAUCUGGACAGGAUGUUGGCGAUGAAUAUUGUGACGGCUGGUAGAUGAAUCAAGUAUUAAAUAUUUGGAGUAAAUCAA